AUGGAUCUCCUGUGGGUGCUGUCGGCGUCCAUGCUGUCGGCGUGCGUGGCCAUUCCCAUGGACGGAGCGGCCGAGAGCCACAGUCUGUUCACCUGUGAGCCCAUCACCCUGCGGAUGUGCCAGGGGCUGUCCUACAACUCCACCUUCAUGCCCAACGUCCUGAACCACUACGACCAGCAGACUGCCGCGCUCGCCAUGGAGCCCUUCCAUCCCAUGGUGAACCUGCAGUGCUCUCCAGAGCUCCGGAUGUUCCUCUGUGCUCUCUACGCUCCGGUGUGCACGGAGUACGGCCGGAAGACGCUGCCCUGCCGCCGCAUCUGUCUGCAGGCCAAGAGCGACUGCUACAAGCUGAUGGACAUGUUCGGUGUCAGCUGGCCGGAGGAGAUGGACUGCAACAGGUUCCCAGACUGUGACGGGCCCUACCCCCGACCUGCUGACCUCCUGUCCAGCUCAGACACAACCGAGACCCCCAUCUCCGUCGAGAGGGACUACGGCUUCUGGUGUCCCCGGGAACUCAAGAUGGACCCCGAGCUGGGCUACUCCUUCAUGGGGGUGCGGGACUGCUCGCCGCCCUGUCCCAACAUGUACUUCACCCGGGAGGAGCUGGCGUUCGCCCGCUACUUCAUCGGGGUGGUGUCCAUCGUCUGCCUGUCUGCCACGCUCUUCACCUUCUUGACUUUUCUCAUCGACGUGUCACGAUUCCGCUACCCGGAGCGCCCGAUCAUCUUCUACGCCGUGUGCUACAUGAUGGUGUCCCUGGUGUUCUUCCUGGGCUUCCUGCUGGAGGACAGAGUUUCCUGUAACGCUGCGAGUCCCGGGAGGUUCCGGGCUUCCACGGUGACUCAAGGCUCCCACAACAAGGCCUGCACUCUGCUCUUCAUGGUGCUGUAUUUCUUCACCAUGGCCAGCAGCGUCUGGUGGGUGAUCCUGACCAUCACCUGGUUCCUGGCCGCUGUCCCCAAGUGGGGCAGUGAGGCCAUCGAGAAGAAGGCUCUCCUCUUCCAUGCCGGAGCGUGGGGCAUCCCGGGCGUCCUCACGGUCACGCUGCUCGCCAUGAACAAGAUCGAGGGAGACAGCGUCAGCGGCGUUUGCUUCGUGGGACUCUACAACAUGACGGCACUGCGCUGGUUCAUACUGGCCCCACUGGGACUGGACGUAGUGGUCGGUGUGGCGUUGCUCCUGGCAGGCAUACUAGCCCUAAACCGGGUCCGAAUGGAGAUCCCGCUGGAGAAGGAGAACCAGGAGAAGCUGGUGAAGUUCAUGAUCCGUAUCGGCGUGUUCUCCGUGCUCUACCUGGUCCCCCUGCUGACCGUGCUGGCCUGCUACCUGUACGAGAGCAGCUACAGAGCCGUGUGGGAGACCACCUGGGUGCAGGAGCGCUGCCGAGAGUACCACAUCCCCUGCCCCUACCAGGUGGAGAGCAACAGUCGUCCUGACCUGGUCCUCUUCCUCAUCAAGUACCUGAUGAUGCUGAUCGUAGGAAUCCCCUCUGUGUUCUGGGUGGGCAGCAAGAAGACCUGCUUCGAGUGGGCCAGCUUCUUCCACGGCAAGAGACGCAAAGAAGCAUUAACCCCCUCUCCCGCCGCCUGCUCCUCCCACUCCUCCAUCCUCCACUACUUCACCCACCACCCCACCACCUUCCCCCUCUCCCUCCCCACCCUCCUGCGUCUCUCCCUGCCCACACUGCCCCUCCCCUCCUCCUCCUCCACACCCCCCUCCACCAUCCCGUGUUGCAGUGCGAUGGUCAACGACAGCCGCCAGGUGCUGCAGGAGCCCGACUUCUCCCAGCUGCUGCUCCGGGACCCCCACGCUCACAUCUCCAGGAAGUCCAGGGGCACGUCCACCCAGGGGACCUCCACCCACGCCUCCUCCACCCACCUGGCCAUGCUGGACGAGCCGCCCAGCGCCAGCACCAGCCGGGCCGGCUCACUCCGCAGCGCCCGCUCCAAAGUGAGCAGUUACCACGGCAGCCUGCACCGCCACAGAGACGACAGAUACACAGCCUCCAGUUUCCGGGCCAUAGACGACCGACUGCCCUACGGUAGCAUGCCUCGCCUCAACGACCAAUCACAGCCCAGGCACUGCAGCAGCAAUCGUCUGGAAGGCCUCUCGCGCCACGGCUCCACGCAGCUGCUGGAGAGCCAGUCGCGGCACAGCAGCGUCCGGGACCUGAGCAGCGCCACUCAGGCUGUGCUCUGUAACCCUGGAAACGGGAUCCACAAAGUCCUGGAGGAGGACGGCUCCACAGCCUGA